AUGAAGGAAUUACUCUCCGAUUCAAUUGAAAUUGUGUCAACUUUGACGCCAGCCCAAUGGUGUCAAGCCUUCUUCGCCCUUUCGACGACUGUCGUUCUUGUUAUCCAGGCUCUUCCGCAAGAUGUCCGCAGUGCUUUGAUGGACUACGGCGCACGAAGGCCCAAUGACGGAACGCGCGGAAAGAAGCAGGAAGACGAAAAGAAACAAAGCCUUCCAGGGUUAAGAUCGUUUCUGAAGAACCUGACAGAGUAUGGGCAAGUGCCUCAUUCGUGGUUUUUGCACUUCUACAUCAUCUCGGUCUUCUUGUCUGGCUUUUGGGCGUGGCAGUAUGUUACAAGGGGGGCAGUGUUGAGAACAAUCGCUACGUGGCAGGAUCGGAAUGGCGGCCCAUCGAUGAGUCUGGAGCAAGUCUUUGUCGCCUGGCUGUUGAUGGCACUGCAAGGUUCAAGACGGCUUUAUGAGAGUUUAUAUGUGUUCAAGCCCGGGUCGUCACCUAUGUGGUUUGUUCAUUGGGCAUUGGGUGUUGCAUUUUACAUUACGAUAAGCUUCGCUGUCUGGAUUGAGGGUUCUGGCGCAAUAUUGGCAUCUUGGGACUUUCAUAACCAGUCUCUUCGGAUCCCUCCCAGGCUGUCAUCAGCUCUAGCGUUAUACGCUGUGGGAUAUCUCAAGCAAAACCAGUGCCAUAGACACCUGGCGAGUCUCAAAAAGUACACCCUGCCCAGCGAGGGGUGGUUUAGAUACCUCGUCUGCCCACACUAUACUGCCGAAUGCCUCGUAUAUUUGGCUAUUGCCUGGAUAGCUGCGUCCCCAGGUCAACUCCUCAACAAAAGUGUCUUAAGCGCCGUUGUAUUUGUAGCCAUGAACCUGGGCGCUACGGCAAAGGGUACCAAGGCUUGGUAUGCCAAUAAGUUUGGCGCAGAUAAGGUGGCCGACAGGUGGAUCAUGAUCCCGCCUGUCUACUAG